AGCAGAUAUUCGUUCAAUCUUUUAUUGAUCUGAGAACAUGGAGACACAGACGGGUGUUUGGCUCCUGGCAGCGCUGCUGGCGACCCUGCUGGUCUCUGUUUUAGCCGAAGAUAAAUACAUCGCUGUUGGUGGUAACCUGGAGCUGAGGCCUCAACCAUCAGCAGCCAUAACCAACAUCCUGUGGAAACACAACAACAAUCUGCUGGCAGAGUGGGUGGAGGGAGCAAUUCAUCUGACAUACUACAGUACGUUUAAAGACCGCACAACCCUGAACACAACCACUGGACGAUUGGAAAUCAAGAACAUGGGAGAAGCUGACGCGGGGCUGUACUUAGUGGAAAUCAACAGCCAUGCCCAGAGUCCGAGCUAUGAUGUUAAAGUGAUCAAAGAAGUGCCCAAGCCUGAGGUGGUGUUGCGACCAGUGUCCUGUAAUGGGGAUUCAGAAGCGUGCACGCUGUCCUGUGAUGGAGACACUGGAGGGGCUGAACCUGUGACCUACAGCUGGAAGGAGGGAGCCGGAGACUGGAAGGAGUCGGGACAGGAUAUGAAAAUCAACAAGACUCAGACAGAUGUUGAAACAUUUUCCUGCAAGAUAAAGAACCCGGUCAGUGAGAAAGAAAGUGAACCCAAAAAUAAUCUGUUCUUCCAAAGAAAUCUUCCAGACUUUGAACUCUGGACUAAGGUUUUAGGGACUGUGAUAAGAUCCUUGACAAUCUUUGCCCUCUUUGGGACUGUUGUCGUACACUUUGGGUAUCUAAACCGAGAGACCGUCAGGAAGCUGAUGUGUCCAUGUCAGCGUGGAAAAGGUGACGAUAACGCAGCUCGAGGUGGACGAUCACCUCCAUGUCCUGAUAGAGAUUAAAGCACGUCAGCCCUGCAGCCACUUCAGACUGUGUCACAUCAUUUUAACCAUCUCUCUGGUGAAGGUCAGUCUUCAGACAAACUCAAAUGUGGAUCAGUCUUCCUGUGGAGCUUUGACUUAAAACAAUCUAGCUGUGAAGUGUAAAAAAGACUUUUUGAGAUGUUUUUACAGAUAGAUAUUCAAAACAAUAAGAGAUUUUCUAAUUGCAAUCAUUUUGCAUUGCAUGUACAUUCUUACUGAAUCAUGUUAUAUUUUACUUCUAUUCUUCUUACUACUGACAAGUGUUUAUCAUUUAUUGUUAACUAUGCAGCAGUUCUCUGAUGAAGACAGCAGCGCAACACAGCCGGUAAUACACAAAAGUCUUAGCAAACAGUCUAAACAAUAGAUUAAUAAUGAAAUAAAGAACUACUUGGUGGUGGAAAGUUACUCAGUAGAUACAACUGUCUAACUUUGCUUCCACUUAAAUCCAACUUUAGACAUUUUAAAAGCAUAAAUUGUAACUUAGGUUACGUUUACUUUGCAGGAUGUUUUACAUUUUAAGAAUAAAUAAUAAGGCUCCAAA